AUGCUCAAACUGGAACCAGAAGACUUUACAGCUAUGGACAGACAGUUACUAAAUAAAGACAGGAUUCAUAGUCAAACUGCAUGUUUAGAAAGACUGUACUUGCCAAUGGACGUGCUAGAAUAUGGAUUACAUAAUGUUGAGCAAAGGAGUGAGCUUAUGCUUCUGCAACUACAUAAUGUUCUUGUAGAUACCGUACCUUAUUUAAAGACUAAGCACAACCUCACACUUAUCGUGGAAAACGUAUUAGCAGCCCAGAAGGCGUUCUUGCAUAGCGAAGUAGAAAAGAAAAUCCACCAUGCAAAAGUAUACAAGAUGGGGACGAAUAAAUUCUCGUCCAUAGUUGAUUCAUCAAAGUGA